AUGUUCUCGUUAUCACAGAGGUUCCAACAAACCAGCAACCAGGCCCUGAGCUUUGCCAUUUUUGCCGCAGCGUUUGUUGUGGCUACUUUCUGCGCUCAGCUUUACCAAGAUAACGUGUUCGGACUUUCCUCGUCAAUCGGCAACAUUCAACCGCAAAUCAAUGUGAGAACGAGCAGAUUUUAUGGAUCUGUCAACGGAAGGCCUAAAGAAAACCUGAAGAUUUCCUUUGACCUCGAAUCGGACUUGACGCCUCUAUUUAACUGGAAUACGAAGCAAAUUUUUGUCUACUUGACGGCUGAAUACAACGGGCUAAAGAAGCCAAGUGUCAAGAGCGAAGUUACCUUGUGGGACAGUAUUAUCACUGAUAAAGAAGGAGCCGUCAUUUCUUUGAACAACGCAAAGUCGAAAUACUCUGUGUGGGACAUCGAAGAGAAGCUCUCUGACAGGAACCUGACUUUCAAACUGCAUUGGAAUAUCCAGCCAUGGAUAGGGCCUUUGGUGUAUGGUGAGACCAACGGCGAAUCCCCCGUAACGUUGCCUCAAACCAAACCCAAAAGCCAGAGCGCGAGAACGUCUAAAAGGUCUGAGGCGGUUUAA